GUUAUGUUCUCCCUCCCUUCCAAACUCUUCUCAAAAAGGCCAGAUGACACGAAGGUCUUAUGUUGUCCCCACUUAAAUAAAGCUCAGCAGGGGGUGCGGAAGAGGGGAGACUUUCAUCGGCACCACAUCCACCACGACAGGACUAUACAGUACAUCCUGUGACAUUGAGGCUCUUUGGGAGAAGAAGAUUCAUACCCACAGAAGGAAAUGAAUGUGGCUCUUAUUCAUGAUAAGCUUUUUAUAAAAGAUCUCUGGGAACAAAAAAUUGCUAAACACGACCAAAGGACAGAAACUGAAGACAUGAGGAAGAAAAGUAGUGCUCUCACCAAGCUGCGAGACGAAUGGCACCGAAGGCUUGAGAGUCGAACAAAACAUCUGAAGAAAUUAAAUGACGAACUUCUGAGGAAGAGCAAACUUGCCAAACAGGCAGAUGACACAUAACGGAGUGUUGCAUUUGUCCCCUCUGUUCUCGUGAAGAGUGAUGUAUUUUUUCUGAUAUGAAUAAAAACAUGUUUUAUCAUGA